AUGGAACCCACGAAGCCUCACAUUGCACCAUUGAAGAUUGUUAAAGGACCCUCCAACUAUUCCGUGUCCACGACGGAUCACUCAGCCUGCCAUUCCAACAACACUCGGAUGACUCCUCCUUUGACUCCCCACGAUAACUCAGACACCAUGGAUCGCUCAGAGGCUCCGAGAGCCGUCUUUCACAACUAUCUCCGCGCUUUCUACCCUUUUCACCCAUCAGGGGACGUCUCCCCCUCGACAGUUACAUUGCCUUUGGAUCAAGGUGAUAUCAUUCUCGUGCACUCCGUUCACACCAACGGCUGGGCAGAUGGAACCCUCUUGGAUACCGGUGGCCGCGGCUGGCUGCCCACCAACUACUGCGAAGCCUACGACCAAUUGCCCAUGCGACCACUGCUCAAGGCACUAACCGACUUUUGGGAUAUCAUCAGAGGAGGAUGCGGGUCAUCACUACGCGACUUCUGCAACCAGGACCUGAUGAGAGGUUUGAUUGCAGGUGUUCGAUUUCUUCUGCAAAAAUCCGAAUGUCUUACCAGAGAGUGCGAUUUGGUCCGAACACACGAUGGUCUGCGGCGAAAUCGCAAAGCACUCCUAUCUGAUCUCUCCUCCCUUGUCAAAACAGCAAAGACCUUGCAGGAUAUCGCCGGCGGUAACCCCAUGGAUGACGAGGUCGAAUAUAUUCUCGAUGAAAUGCUCCUCAAGGCUUUCCGGAUCGUGACUCGAGGUGUCCGAUUCCUCGACGUGUGGAACGAAGAGGUCGGCCUGAGCCGCACCAUUGCCGAGUUGGAGCAGUCGAAUUUGAAACACUUUGACGUCCCCAUGACCCCCGCAUCUGAUACCUUUGCCGAAAACACCUCCGAGGCCGACACGGAAAGGAAUGAGUCGAGAUUGAUGAAUCGCAGCCGCAUGGACUGCAGUCGGGCCUCCACCCGAAUGGACAUGUUCGAUUCGAACCCUCGACCUGUCUCCGUCACCACCAAGCGAAUUUCCAUCUCACACAGAGUGUCUUACACAGGCCCAUCUGCAGCGACCCGCAACCCGAACCUUGCAUCCGAGCGACUCGGCGCCACGUACGACGCCUUCUUGGGGGUAUUGGGAUCGUUUAUUGGUCUUCACUUGCAGUCUCGCUCCUCGACGGAGCUGAUGAACACUACCCAGCAGUCGGUGCACUCCUGCCGAGCGUUGCUAACUGUCGUGGAAGCCGUGUGCGAACAUGAUCUGCAGGGAAACGAGCUCCUGGACCAGGCCAAGGACAGCAUGUACGAGCGACUUUCCGAGCUUGUCCAUGCAGCGGGAGACGCUUUCCGACCGGCCCACUCCCCCGACGACGAGAUCGUCUUCAUGCCGGAUGAAGGAAAACGCCUGGUGGACGCCGCCACCGACUGUGUCCGAGCGGCAGGAAACUGCUUGGCCAAAGCUCGCCUGGUGCUUGAGCAAAUCGGAGACUUUGAGCUCGAAGCUCUGCCCCAGACCACCACCGGGUCGAACCCGGAGCUCCCCGACAUCAAGACCCCGCAGCCGCCGCAACGCACCGACCACUCAGGCGACAGCCAGACUCGCCCGCAGGAGCUGUCACUGCGCCUCCCUCCACCACCGCUGCAGAUCCCUAAAUCAGAUUAUUCGCCAUCGACCCCCGGCCUCACUGACGACACUACUCCUUCUUCCUUCAUCUCCCGUGCUGCCCUAAACAGCCCGGCUCCGACCGUUGACAACUCGUCAUUGCCUUCUACUACUAUUCUUGGGACUAGCUUCGAGCAGCCGUCCUUUUCUUCUCACGAUGCGCACACUGAUAGCAUCCAUCGCAACAGUCACCCCAAGUCCGAGAUCAGUGAAUCUUUUGGACGGGGUAUUACCAGCACCGGCAGCAGCUUUACAUACAACAGCACCCUUCGUGACUCUGAAAUGAGUGGCGUCUCCCAGACCUCCACCAGAGCUACUUCUCCAGACAUUGGCAACCAUUACCAAGUGCCUUCGCUUAGGGAAAGCGUCAGCCACUCUACCCUCGCUGAGGAGAACGAGGAAACCGAGGCCAAUAUCCUCGAGCGCACAUACGCUCACGAGUUGAUCUUCAAGGAUGGCCAAAUAAUGGGUGGUAGUCUCCGAGCUUUGGUCGAGAAGCUCACGGCCCACCAGUCAACUCCCGAUGCCAUGUUCGUUUCUACCUUCUACCUUACCUUCCGCCUCUUCGCCUCGCCCGUCGACUUUGCCGAAACCCUCGCCGACCGAUUCGAUUACAUCGGGGAUACACCGCACGCUGCCGGCCCAGUGCGCCUCCGCGUUUACAACACCUUGAAAAAUUGGUUGGAGUCGCACUGGCGUCAUGACUGUGACAACGUCGCCCUGGACUACAUUGUCAACUUUGCCAAAACAACUUUGAUGGCUAAUCUUCCGUCCGCUGGCAAGCGUGUGCUGGAUUUGGUAGAGAAAGUUUCCCAGGUGCACGGGCCUGUGGUGCCUCGUCUUGUCUCUUCCAUGGGCAAGACAAACACUGCGACCGCUCAAUAUGUGCACCCCGACACUCCUCUUCCACCUCCCAUCCUGGGCAAGAAGGAGACCAAUCUCUUGAAGCAGUGGAAGAAUGGCGAAGGUACCAUCACUAUCCUCGAUUUCGAUCCCAUGGAGCUGGCGCGCCAGUUCACCAUCAAGGAGUCCAUGAUCUUCUGCUCCAUUCUUCCAGAGGAACUUCUAGCCACCGAGUGGAUGAAGAAGUCUGGUUCGUUGGCUGUGAAUGUCCGGGCCAUGUCUACCUUGUCCACAGACUUGGCGCAUCUCGUUGCCGACUCGAUCCUGCAGCUGGAGGAGCCCAAGAAGCGGGCUGCCAUCAUCAAGCACUGGGUCAAGAUCGCUAACAAGUGUUUGGAGCUCAACAACUACGACUCGCUGAUGGCCAUCAUUUGCUCCCUCAACUCUUCCAUGAUCGGACGUCUCAAGCGAACUUGGGAGGUGGUGUCGCACAAAACCAAGACCACCCUAGAGUACCUCCGGGGUAUCGUGGAUGUAUCCCGCAACUACGCUGUCCUUCGUCAACGAUUGCAGAACCACGUUCCUCCAUGCUUGCCAUUUGUCGGUACCUACCUCACUGACCUCACCUUUGUCGACCACGGAAACCAGGAUCUGCGGAACCUGCCCACUGAUGAUGGCGAAAUGGCUGUGAUCAACUUCGACAAGCACAUGAAGACAGCCAAGAUCAUCAGCGAACUGCAGCGAUUCCAAAUCCCUUACCGACUUUCCGAGGUCCCAGAGCUGCAAGCCUGGAUGCAGAACGAACUGGUCCGAGUGCGCUCCAACGGUGAAAAGAGCCUGCAAACCUUCUACCGACGGUCCCUUGUCCUCGAGCCACGAGAAACAGCUCAGCAGCGCCCCAACCUGCCGACCGACUCUGGAUCUUCGAUCAUCGAGAAUGCCAAGGACAAGUUUGAUUUCCUAUCUUGGACUCACCAGUCCAAGGCAAAGUCCGUCGCAACAAAUGGUUGA